AUGGAUGUUUCAUUACUUUUUCAAAGUGAAGCGGGUGAUAGAGAAAUCGAGGAGAUUCUCCAGCAAGCCGGGGCUAUGAGAUCCGGAGAAUUGCAUUCUUUGGCACAGACAACAGUACACGACCAGAUUAAUGCAGGUAAUAACCCAUCAAAUAACCAAUCAACCACGGAACCAAGUCGAGCACCCUUUGGGAGAUUGUUUCCUAACAUUAGAGAUUCUUCAACCCAAGAACCCACUGCCCUGCUUGCGAUUGCUCUAUUUUUGGCUAACACGACAUAUCAGUCUAUGCUUAGUCCUCCUGGUGGUGUAUGGCAAGAUGAUGAGUUUGGUAAUAAUUUCAGCAACGACACCAAGACCACUAUACCACACAUUGCUGGGCAGGCAGUAAUGAGCUACCAUCAUCCACACAAAUUCGCUGUAUUCCAACUGUUCAUCUCACUUGGAUUUCUUUUUUCUGCCUACAUGAUCAUUAUUCUCACGGACGGAAUUUUUAUGCACUGGAUAUUGAAAAUCGCAGUGGCUGCACUUGUUGACUGUCAUGCUCACGGCAUAGAAGUAACAGCAUCCCAAGCCAGCACUGCGACAAAGCGUAUUUUGGCAAGGUUACUUGGGAGUUUUGAAAUCGUGGUGCUCAGUAUUUUGUAUUUAAAGUGGAGGGCAAGGAAUGCAUUGUCGCUGAAAGACCAAGUGCGUGCCAUCACCGAGGGGUUGGUCCAACGACUACAAAUUUGGACUUUUUGGCUGAAUGAUUUUCUCGCUAGUCUUCAACGCCCUGAGCAGACGGUGGAACCUUAA